AGCUGAUCAUAUAUUUUGCCUAAAAAAUGUCAUCUCUGUCAUGAUGCUGUUAUAUUGAUUUGGUAAAAUUGCUAGAAGAAAGAAAAAAAAUACGAAAAAUAACUAGGUUGUUUUAAAUAAGAUAAAAAUUUAACAUCUAAAUGGGUACUUUUCAAUGUGGUGGUCGUCCAGCCGUAGCACCUGCAACUCAAUAUAUAAAUUUUACCUAAAAUCCUUUAACUAUUAAAUUUAGUUAGUGGUGGUUUAGGUGGUGGCACUGGAGGAUGUCGAGUAAAGUGUAUGUCGCAUUACGUUAUUUAUUUUGUGGUGUUUGUAUGCUGUUGGCUCUUAAUUUGUUAAUUGACUAUUUUGCUGAUAAAUCUAAUGUCUCAUCAUCAUUUACUAGAUUGGGGUUACGCAAAACCUACAAAUACAAUGGCACCGUACUAAACCAAACCAUAAUAAAUAAUAAAGAUAACAACAACCACAAUAAUUCCUUAUCAUCAGCCGCAACAUCAAACUCAGCUAAUGCUACAACACUAUAUUCUAAUGCUUCCAACAACAACAAUAUUAAUUAUCUAGAACACAGCAACGGCAGCUUUAGGAUCAAUACCAGCAAAGAAAUACAAAAUGCAACGGCUUUAUCAUUAUGCGAGGAUCCUGUUAUUGAAGAGAGUAGUCCCUUUGUACCUAAUAUUACUUUAGAAUCUCUAGAUGUUGUCGAUGCUCAAUUGGGUCCUCUAUUGGAACCAGGCGGUGCUUUCAAACCAAAAGACUGUAUAGCCCGGCAUCAUGUUGCUAUUGUGGUGCCUUUUCGCGAUCGUUACGCACAUCUUUCGAUCUUCCUGCGCAACAUACAUCCAUUUCUUAUGCAACAACAUAUUGCCUAUAGAAUUUUCAUAGUCGAACAAACGAAUGGCAAGCCUUUUAAUAGGGCAGCUCUGAUGAAUAUUGGCUUUUUGGAAGCUAUGAAACUUUAUAAAUGGGACUGUUUUAUAUUUCAUGAUGUCGAUCUGUUGCCGCUGGAUAAUCGCAAUUUAUAUAAUUGUCCACGUCAACCGCGACACAUGUCGGUGGCCAUAGACAAAUUUAAUUAUAAGUUGCCUUAUCGAACAAUAUUUGGUGGUGUAUCCGCUAUGACCAGGGAACACUUUUUAACUGUUAAUGGAUUUUCAAAUUCAUAUUUCGGUUGGGGUGGUGAAGAUGAUGAUAUGUCGAAUAGAUUACGAAAUGCCAAUUUAUUUAUAGCACGCUAUCCCAUAAAUAUUGCACGUUAUAUGAUGCUCAAACAUCAAAAGGAAAAAGCCAAUCCCAAACGUUAUGAGAAUUUGGUAAAUGGUAUUAAUAAAAUUGGCAAUGAUGGCUUAAAUUCGAUUAAAUAUGAUAUUUAUAGUUACAAAUCAUAUCCAACAUUCAGUUGGUAUUAUGCCGAAUUAAAAGUAUCCGAACAAAAAAGUUAAACUUAACAAAAAAACAACAACAACAACGAUAAGAACAUGCAUACAGGCAUGAUAUAUGAAAUUGAAAAGUUCUUCCCCAAUUACUAAAAACGCAGGCGAAUGUAUUUAGGAAAAAUAUUUGCAAUUAGUACAAAGUUAAAUUAAAAAUGUAUUUAUUUGUAGAAAUGGCAAUUUAUUUUAUUAGUAUUAACUUUCAAUUUCCAUAUCAUGUUGUAUGUAGACUGGCAGAGGAAAAAAAAAACAAACACAAUCUUCUACAAAACAUACAUUAAUACAUAUUGUAUAACGUAACUUAAGAAUCUAUAGUCUUCUCAUUUUGUAUUUUGCUAACUUCCCUCUAAUUGUAUUAGUUUUGUUUCCAUAUAUUUUUUUGUAGAUUUUUUCAUAGACUUUAAAAUAAAUAUAUAGUGAUAUAGUUAUUAGCUUGAGAAUAAUGAGAAAAGUUUAAAGUAGCAGUUAUACUUUUUUUAGAAAUUAAUUAAUUAAUAUGUUAUACAUAUUUAGAGUAUUAAAAGAAAAUUAUUAAAAAUCAUACGUUUAGGCAAACUGUAUUUAUUUGAAAAUUAAAUUGAAUCUUCCAUUUUAACAUUCCAAUGUAGGUUUUUUGUUGUUGUCCUUUUUGUUACAAAAUUAUUAUAUAUUUUUUAUUUAAGGGUUUUGGUUUUAUAUUUUAUGAUUUUUGUUGUUUUCACUAGUAUGAUGUUGACGUAAACAUAUUAAAGAAUCUCAUUUAUGCUCUUUAGAGAAUCUCUUAUUUAGUUUGUUGAUCAAAUAUAUAUUUAAAAUUAAAAAAUAAUAAUAAAAUAAUUUUACAUUUGAAAAUUUUAUUCUUUAUACAUUAAACAACUCUUUCGAACUAUUUAAGAUAACAAUUUUUGUAUUAUAUGUAAGAAGAAAAAUAUUAAUAAAAAUAGUAAACAUUUUAUAUACAAGAAGAAAACAAAUUGCUUUAAUAAAAUUAUAUUAAAAGAAUAAUAAUAAUUGGAAUCUAAUUAAAUUGUUUGUGAUACAAUAUAAUAUUGUUAAAAAAAUAAAACUCUAUAAAAUAA